CCACCCUCCUGGAAACCCACCCAGAACCUCCACCCUCUGACAGCAUGGUCAGCUCCUGUUGCGGCUCCGUCUGCUCUGAGCACAGCUGUGGCCAAGGCCUCUGCCAGGAGACCUGCUGCCGCCCCCGCUGCUGCCAGACCACCUGCUGCAGGACCACCUGUUGUCGCCCCAGCUGCUGUGUGUCCAGCUGCUGCAGGCCCCAGUGCUGCCAGUCUGUGUGCUGCCGGCCCACCUGCUGCCGCCCCUCCUGCUGCAUCUCUAGCUGCUGCCGCCCCAGCUGCUGCCAGACCACCUGCUGCAGAACAACCUGCUGCCGCCCCAGCUGCUGCAUUUCCAGUUGCUGCCACCCCUCCUGCUGUAUCUCCAGCUGCUGCAGCCCCUCCUGCUGUGGUUCCAGCUGCUGUAGGCCCACAUGCUGCAUUUCUAGCUGCUGUCGCCCCAGCUGUUGCCCGACCAUCUGCUGCCGCCCCAUCUGCUCUAGUGGUUCUUGCUGCUUAAACAAAAACAAACAAAAUGCGUUGACAACUCCCCCUGUUCAGGCAGAAUAUAAGAGGCAGUGGCACAAGAAGACUUUCAAACUCAAGAACCUCACUCUCCUGGAAACCCACCCAGAACCUCCACCCUCUGACGCCAUGGUCAGCUCCUGUUGUGGCUCCGUCUGCUCUGACCAGGGCUGUGGCCAGGAGACCUGCUGCCGCCCCAGCUGCAGUGUGUCCAGCUGCUGCAGGCCCCAGUGCUGCCAGUCUGUGUGCUGCCAGCCCACCUGCUGCCACCCCAGCUGCUGCAUUUCUAGUUGUUGCCGCCCCUCCUGCUGUGGUUCCAGCUGCUGCAGGCCCACUUGCUGCAUCUCUAGCUGCUGUCGCCCCAGCUGCUCCAUCUCCAGCUGCUGCAGGCCCCAGUGCUGCCAGUCUGAGUGCUGCCAGCCCACCUGCUGCAUUCCUAGUUGCUGCCGCCCCUCCUGCUGUCUGCGCCCAGUCUGUGGCUGGGUCUCCUGCCACACCACUUGCUAUCGGCCCACCUGUGUCAUCUCCACCUGCCCCCGCCCUGUGUGCUGUGCCUCUUCCUGCUGCUGAAUCUCUGCCUGUAAUCUUUGUCACACUAUGGAUGUCCUCACAAGUCAUAUAAAAUCUGCUGGAGCCAGCCAGUGACUGGCGAAUGGACUCUUAGCUGCCAACUCUUCUGAUUUGACAUUCAGAGUUGGUAUUCAGUUCUAGGAAAUGACAGAUGAAAGCACAUUCAUCAAAUGAUUUUAACCCAGGCCCAAAUGCGUCUAUUUUCAGACAAGCACUGUGAUCAUCCUAAUUAUAUAGUGAUUGUGAUGAUCUCAUGUGACAUUAUUUCCAUAUGUUGUUAAUAAACAGCCAUUUCCCCUGAUA